AUGGCCAACGUCAAUGAUUCAGACUUUCCGGUCAACCAAAGCUACAACAGUGGCAGUCGAUACCAUAGGUUCCGAGAAAUUGUUAAGCACAGUUCUGAAAUUUUGGAUCAAGCCGAGGAGGUCGAAACCUUGUCGUCGAUUUUCAUAUGCUCGUUCGGCACCAUGGGCAUCGUCCUCUCUUUGCUGACCCUUUCGUCACAAACCUACCGCAGGCAUUCCAGCUUUGCACGAUUUAUGAUGACGAUGUGCGGUUCAGACUUGGCUUACAAUUCCAUCAAUUUGAUCGCUAACGUGCUGUACUACUAUGGAUCAGAUUUUCUCGCUCUUUCUGCAACCGCCACCAAGUUCGUCGGUGUUGCAUUUGCUCUGGCAGAUAUGUUCUCUGCUUUCAGUAAUCUGUUGUCGAUCAUACUGUCAUCGGAACGUUUCCUGUCCAUCUAUGCCCCGGUGUGGUACCAUUCGCUGACGGAACGACGCAAAUUCAACAUAUUCUUGAUCAGCGUAACGGCGAGCUUC